CCCCCCCCGUUCCAACCCCGGAAGAGCUUCAGCGAUAAGCAACCAUCGCAUCUGGGUUCCCCCCCGUAGUAGCGAUAACAGCUUUUCCGUCUAAUCGGAACAGCUCAUCCCAUAAUCGCUACGGCAUCCUGCAGACGAUCGUCAUCGCUGUCGUUAUCGUUAGUCAGAAAUUGCCGUCAUCAUGUCCGACGACGAUAUUGAAAUCACGUCGUCGCGAAGCUCGCGCCGUAAUGCCGACAGACGAACCCCGCGAUUCAGUUGGAACUUAGCUUACGAGGAGACCUUCUUCAGAUCGCUAUGCGAGUCCAUGCAGAUGGGAUACAAGGAGAAUCACAGCUUCAAGUCGGGUGCUUGGGAACGCGCCGCCAUCGCUUUACGCGACAAGCACGGAGCUUAUCCCGAGAAGAGCCACCUCAUCAACAAGGCCGACAACGCGCGCAAGAAGUUCCGCAUGUGGAGAGGGUUAAGGGAGGAUCCCGAAUUUUUAUAUAACCCCACUACUAGAAUGGUCACGGCAAGCGAAGAGGCCUGGAGAAGACACUUCGAGAAAGAACCCUUAUCAAAAGCACUUAGGGGCCGCCCCUUUGACCAUGAAGAGUAUAUGGAGAUUCUAUUCCCUGACGUUGUCGGUUCCGGCGGUGCACCGAAACGUAUUAUGAAGCCGAGACGGAGAAACGCCGACGGUAGUUUAGGUAGUUUGUCAGGUAGACCGAGCACCGCGGAUCAAACCGUCAUCGAUCCCUCCCUCGACUCGAGUAUAUACGCUCAGACUCAGACUCAGACUCAGACUCCGGCCCAAAACCAAACUCAGCAAACCCAACCGCUAAGCCAACCGGUGCCGACCCCUUCUGUUCCCCAGCCCAUGCAGAGACCUUCAUCAACUACCAUCCCACCCCGAACAUCCAUAACCGCAAAUCCAAGUGCGCUUACACCACCAGAUGAGCACGUCCCGAGUACCCAAGCCCAAGCCCAAGCGCAAAAACGGCCGAAUCCUAAUCCAAAUCCUAAUUAUCCAGAGAAGCGUCGCGGCAGACCCUCGCGCUUUUCUACCAACUUCUAUACCCAGCAGUCCACCAAUACGCCAUCCUCUUCUUCCGCCGCCCCUCGCGCUGCUAGUCCCUCUGCGCCGCUUGGACUUCAUUCGUCCUUCACCUCUACCAACCUCGUCGAAGACGGCAUCUUAUCUCUAGCUGAGGCCCUCAAGACCCGUAGCCCGCCUAAAUGGUCGGAACAGGCGGUUGAGAUCUUUUUCCGCGAAUUUGCAGAAGAGGAUGCCGACUUGCAGCUCAAAAUCGCCGAGAAAGCUCUCACCGACGAGAAUAAAGCGAUGGUAUUCGUCAAGAUGACACCGGUGUUGCGGCGACAUUGGGUAGGUAGACUUAGGGAGGUCCACAUGCGAAAUCUAGGCGGCGGACUUGGCUUAGGAGGACGAGUCGGAGAGGAAGCUACUUAAAAGUUAUCUAUGCUCACGGGAAGCGUUGUCGAAUCUGGUCUGGCUUUUAGGCGGAGUUCGGCGCACGGGCGUUGUUCAAUAGCAAGUCGAAAGCGGCGAAGGGUGUAUGUGGCCAAGGGCUAAAACUGUGCAUGAACAGCCUUGAAAGGUCCAAUAUCG